GUCAGCUGCUGGCAGCGACAACAAGGCUCGUGUAUCCACCAGCGCAAACAACAGGCGCAGUCAGAGCUUCAACAACUUUGAUAAAUCCAAAUCUGCUCACAACCCAGCGGCAAGUAAUGAGAAAGUUGCAGAGCCAGCGGACAACACAGUCUCCUCACAGCCCGGAAUGAAUGAAAAUGUCCAGUCUUCAGCGAGUAGCAGCACGGGCAGUAUUGGUGGGAGCUUGUCUGCCAUUCCCCAGCCAAACUCUGCCAAAGCCUGGCGCAGCAAAUCCCUCAAUGCCAAGCACACUGCCACGUCUUCCAUGUUAUCUGUGAAGCCGCCCCCACAGGAACCCCCGAAGCCAGCCAUUGAACCCACACCCAAGUCUGGUGCCAAUGGCCAGAAAUCCAUGCUGGAGAAAUUGAAGCUGUUCAACAGUAAAGGUGGCUCCAAAGCUGUUGGGGCCACCCUGGAGAACUCAGGGUCUCGCGAUGGCAGCUGUGAGAGGGUGGAGGCCCCUUCUAACUGUGUGGACCUGGGUGAAACAGACGCGUCUGCCAGAUGUGUUAGCAAUGCCGCACCUGCCUCAAACAGCCCAAAGAUUGCACUAAAAGGCAUUGCACAAAGAACCAUCAGCCGAGCACUGAGCAAUAAGAAAAACUCCCCAAAAGGCAGCGAAAAGGAAAAAGAGAAGCAGAAGGAGAAAGAGAGGGACAAAACGAAGGAGACCUCCAAAAGGACUUCUGGCUCUGAUAAAGCUGAAUUGGAAAAGGAGCUGAAAGAGGGGCCACAGGUCACUGCUUCCGAAAUGCCAAAAAAGUCCUCCAAACUCUCGAGCUUUAUCCCGAAAGGAGGGAAAUCGAAUGGUGCCAAAAAGGAUCCCCCUGCACCUCAGCAAAGUGGAAUACCAAAACCAGGGCUAAAAACCUCAACAGGGAAAUCUACAAGUGCCCAAGCUUCUGUGAAGGAGGCCGAGCGACCCCGCAGUGCGAGGCUUAGUGCUGGAAUCUCGCUGCAGAAAUCACAGCUAGACAGUAAGAAUUCCAGUUCCAGUAGUUUGGCCUCCUCGGAGGGGAAAGGGGCUGGAGGAACACCCCCGACAAGCAGUAGCAAUGUUGCGACUGCCACUACAGUCAGCACAACACAAACUACAGGAAGCAACACAGUCAGUGUACAGCUACCUCACCCACAACACCAGUACAACCACCCCAACACUGCCACUGUUGCUCCAUUCAUGUACAGGUCACAGACCGACAAUGAAGGAAAUGUGAUGACUGAAUCUGGUACAGGGGGAGUGAAUAUGGAUACUGUUCUGUACAGCAAAAAUGGACAAACGUGCAUCGAGGAUCUGCCUGGGGAGGACCCAGAGACCCGAAGGCUACGCACUGUGAAGAACAUUGCUGACCUCCGGCAGAACCUGGAGGAGACUAUGUCGAGUUUACGGGGGACUCAGAUCACACACAGCACGCUGGAAACAACGUUUGACAGCAGUGUUACCACAGAGAUCAGUGGCCGCAGUAUACUCAGCAUGACAGGCAGGCAGGCCCCGUUGUCAUGGCGACUCGGACAGUCCAGCCCCCGCCUUCAGGCCGGAGACGCUCCAUCGAUGGGGAACGGGUACCCUGCCCGGUCAAAUGCCAGCCGUUACAUCCACCCAGAGCCUGGCCGUUACGUGUACCCCACACCCCUCCGCAGGCAGCUGGCAUCACGCAGCAGUAAUGUGUGCCACUCGGAUCUUCCCGAGAAGAGUGGGGACGACAUGGACCUGGAGGGCAUCAACAUGGAUGUAGCCGGAUACAUGAGCGAUGGUGAUGUCCUGGGCAAGAAUCUACGAACUGAUGAUGUAGCGAGUGGAUACAUGACGGAUGGUGGGUUGGGUCUUUACACACGUCGACUUAACCGCUUGCCAGAUGGAAUGGCCGCUGUUCGAGAGAACGUCCAGCGCAACGCAUCUGUGGGGAUGGGUGAUGCAGACAGGUUCAAUGUGUAUGGUCAAGCCAUCAGGAGAUGUGUUAACACCAGAUUCAUUAGCCGUACUCGCAAGGUAGCACAGGACAUCAUCCAAGAACAACACAACACCAUCCGUGUUCUCAAGACUAAUCGCAACAUUGUCAACAAACCAGCAGAUAAAGAAGAAGCCAUCGCCAUACAGCCACAGACUGACGCUGAGAAACAUUCGGAAAGGAACUCUGCUUGGUCUGGUGAAGAAAUAAAGAGAUCAGACUGUGGAUCCGACAGCGGAAUAAAGAUGGACUCCAGCUCAAAAUGGAGGCGGAACCUGUCAGAUGUUUCUGAUGAGUCAGAGAAAGGUGGCUCAAACAAGAAGACCGCGGUCAUUUCCCAAACAGGAUCCUGGCGUCGGGGGAUGACAGCACAAGUUGGCAUCACCACACCAAGGGCUAAAACAUCUGCCAACACCCUUAAAGCGCAUGGAACCGCAAAAACCGAUGAUGCCAAGGUGUCGGAAAAGGGCAGACUGUCUCCUAAAUCAACAAGUGUCCAUCGAUCUCCUUCUGAUGUAGGCCGUAGCAGUGGGGAUGAAGGGAAAAAGCCUCCAGUUAGUUCCUCACGCUCAACUGCGGGAACCAACACCUUUGGGUUCAAGAAACAUGGUGGAUCUUCAGGACCAAUCACCAUGAUUACAGCGAGUGGCGCCACGAUUACCAGUGGUUCAGCAACUCUUGGAAAAAUUCCCAAGUCGUCAGGCCUUAUAGGUCGAUCAUCGGGGCGGAAGGCCAGUGUGGAUGGCUCCCAGAGCACAGAGGAGAACUACCUGGUCUUGAAUGCACGCAGCAACUUGCAGUACCGCAGUCUGCCUCGUCCCAGCAAGUCAAACUGCCGUGGCACUGGGAACCGCUCGAGCACCAGCAGCAUAGACUCCAACCUCAGCAGUAAGUCGGCAGGUCUUCCCGUGUCGAAACUGAGAGAGCCAUCCAAGGUAGCCCCGGGCAGCACAGUGCCUACACUACCUAACCAGACUGACAAAGAGAAGGGAGUGUCGUCUGACACAGAGAGCGUGACUUCAUCCAACUCCAUCAAGGCGAAUCCCUCACAGAACGCAACCAACAGCACUUCGAGUACCCGGCAACAAGCAUCCAAGUAUCCUGACAUAGCUUCCCCCACCUUACGCAGACUGUUCGGGGUCAAGCCAAGCACCAAGCAAGGUCCUGUCACAACAGCUGAAAACAUGAAGAACUCCACAGUCAUUUCCAAUCCUCAUGCCACCAUGAACCAGCAGAACAGCCUGGACUCUCCUCCAUCCUGUUUAGGCAGUGGAGGCAGCAGCCCACUUUACAGCAAGACAACAGACAUGAUACAGUCGCCUUUGGCAUCCAGUCCGGCGUCAGUCCAUUCCACAAAUUCAAAUGGUGCACCGUGGGGUGUCAGUCAGAGCAGUUCUUCCACCAUAAGUAAGGAUGGUCCUGGCUAUCAGUCAGUCAACAGUCUACACACGAGCUGUGAAUCCAUUGACAUCUCCCUCAGCAGUGGAGGCGGUCUAAGUCAUCACAACUCAACCAGUGGCUUGAUCCCUUCUUCCAAAGAAGAUUGUCUUACUCCCUUUGUGAGGACUAACAGCAUUAAGACAGCUAUGUCUGAGAGUGACCCGCAGCUUGAUAGGAAUACCCUGCCUAAGAAGGGAUUCAGGUACACUCCUUCAUCUCAACUGCAAAAUAAUGAGGAGACAAAAGAGUGGCUGCGUUCACACUCUGCAGUCGGACUACAGGAGAAUAUCAACAAUUCACCAUUUUCACCAGGAUCUAGUAUCACAUCGCCCUCCGCAACUAGGUUUAACUUUUCCCAACUAGCGAGUCCAACUACAGCCACCCAGAUGAGCCUGUCAAAUCCCAGCAUGCUACGCUGUCACAGUGUGUCCAACCAGGACGGGUCAUAUGAUCCAUACAGCGAUUCCAGGUUCCGGAACAGUUCCAUGUCCCUGGAUGAGAAGCACAGGACUAUGAGUCGCUCCGGAUCAUUCCGCGAUGGAUUUGAGGAAGUUCAUGGCUCUUCCUUAUCUCUGGUUUCCAGCACCUCAUCUAUAUACUCAACGCCUGAAGAAAAAUCACAGUCAGAGUGUUCUGGCCUGCAGAUCCGCAAACUUCGGCGGGAGCUCGAUGUUUCCCAGGAGAAAGUGGCAGCCCUUACGACGCAGCUCACUGCUAAUGCUCACCUGGUGGCAGCCUUUGAGCAAAGCCUCGCAAACAUGACAGGAAGAUUGCAAAGUUUAACCAUGACUGCUGAACAGAAGGAUUCUGAACUUAACGAACUGAGAAAAACCAUCGAACUGCUCAAGAAGCAGAAUGCUGCUGCCCAAGCUGCAAUCAAUGGUGUCAUCAACACACCAGAACUGUCCUGUAAAGCAGGAAAUGGUACAUCUCAGUCAGCAGAUCUGAGGAUUCGGAGGCAGCAUUCAUCAGAUAGUGUGUCCAGUGUUAAUAGUGCUACCAGCCAUUCUAGUGUGGGCAGCAGUGCAGAGGUGGAUUCCAAGAAAAAGAAGAAGAAGAACUGGUUAAGAAGUUCCUUCAAGCAAGCAUUUGGCAAAAAGAAGUCUCCUAAAUCAGCUUCAUCUCAUUCGGAUAUUGAAGAAAUGAAUACACCCGAUUCUUCCUUACCUUCAUCCCCCAAGUUUGCUCAUAAUGGAUCUACUCCCACAACCCCAUUGAUGAGAACAUCGCACUCCAACUCACUCAGCAUCUCUGAAUGUAUCGACGGUGAGGCUGAGACCAUUAUUCAGCUGCGCGGUGAGCUGAGAGAAAAAGAGAUGAAGUUGACAGACAUUCGACUUGAAGCACUGAGUUCCGCUCACCAACUUGAUCAACUGCGUGAGGCCAUGAAUAGGAUGCAGACUGAAAUUGAAAAGCUGAAGGCAGAGAAUGAUCGGUUGAAGUCUGAAACCCAAGGCAGCUGUAGUCGCACCCAGUCGCAGCUCUCCAUCUCUUCAUCCCCUCGUCAGUCACUUGGCCUUUCCCAACACAGUCUCAACCUGACCGAGUCCACCAGUCUUGAUAUGCUACUCGAUGACAACGCAGAUGGCUCGGCCCGCAAAGAAGGCAGGCACGUGAAGAUAGUAGUCCGCUUGCAAGAAGAGAUGAGAUGGAAGGAGGAGUCUCGGAUUCGUCAAUAUAUAGUUGGUUGCAUUGGAGUCAGCGGUAAGACAAAGUGGGACGUCUUGGAUGGUGUUGUGCGACGUCUGUUCAAGGAAUACAUUAUCCAUGUGGAUCCAGUCAGCCAGUUAGGCCUCAACUCAGAUAGUGUGCUGGGCUACAGCAUAGGAGACAUCCAACGCACUAAUAAUGUAGACACGCCAGAACUGUUACCCUGCGGCUAUUUAGUAGGAGAAAGCAACACAGUCACAAUGUCAUUGAAAGGCUUGUCAGAACAUAGUUUAGAUUCCCUUGUGUUUGAGACACUGAUCCCAAAGCCGAUGCUGCAACGGUACGUCUCACUGCUGACUGAUCACCGCCGGAUCAUUCUGUCAGGACCAAGUGGCACUGGGAAAACCUAUCUGGCCAAUCGGCUUGCUGAGCACAUGGUGCUCAGGGAAGGGAGAGAACUGACAGAUGGGGUCAUCGCUACCUUUAAUGUGGACCACAAAUCAAGCAAGGAAUUGCGGCAGUAUCUUUCAAACCUUGCAGAUCAGUGCAACAGCGAGACCAAUGCAGUGGACAUGCCAAGUGUGAUCAUCCUGGACAAUUUGCAUCAUGUUAGCUCCCUGGGAGAGAUCUUCAAUGGCCUUUUGAACUGCAAGUACCAUAAAUGCCCUUAUAUCAUUGGCACAAUGAACCAAGCUACGUCUUCCACUCCUAACCUUCAACUUCAUCAUAACUUCAGAUGGGUUCUGUGUGCUAACCACACUGAACCAGUCAAAGGUUUUCUGGGUCGCUAUCUUCGCCGGAGACUGAUAGAAACUGAGAUCAGCACCAGAACAAGAAACACAGAACUGGUCCGGAUCAUUGACUGGAUCCCCAAGGUCUGGCACCACUUGAACAGAUUCCUGGAAGCUCAUAGCUCAUCUGAUGUCACCAUUGGUCCUCGACUAUUCCUGUCCUGUCCAAUGGAUGUUGAUGGUUCAAGAGUAUGGUUUACAGACUUGUGGAAUUAUUCCAUCACCCCUUAUCUGCUGGAGGCAGUCAGGGAAGGGUUGCAGCUGUAUGGAAGAAGAGUUCCUUGGGAGGAUCCAGCAAAGUGGGUGAUGGAUUCGUACCCAUGGGCUGCCACUCCCCAGCACCAUGAGUGGCCCCCGCUCUUGCAGCUGAGGCCUGAAGAUGUAGGCUUUGAUGGAUUUAUCCUGACACGAGAAGGUGGUUCAAGUAAACAACCUCAACAGAGCGACGCUGAAGGAGACCCCCUUAUGAAUAUGUUAAUGAGGCUGCAAGAAGCUGCAAAUUGCUCCAGUCCCCAUAGUUACGACAGCGAUUCCAAUAGCAACAGCCAUCAUGACGAUAUUCUCGAUUCAUCUCUUGAAUCGACACUUUGAUCAAUUUGUUCUGCCAAAAUAACCCUACCAUUUCUGUCCAACAUUUCUCCGAAUAUUGCCAUGCAACUUGAGGACUGAAACACUCGAUUCAAAACGCCAGAGGGAAGGAUCAAUCAAUGACUUUGUUGCUCACUUUGUUGGAUAGAAGCCUCAGUUAUAACAAGAGAAAUGGGUCUUCAAGUACGAGACACUUUAAUUCAAUGUUAAAUAUUGAAACCCUGGUGGGUGCAGGUAACCCAAGGGAGACUACAUUUUGGGCUUUUUCCCCUCCCUGUUUUGUUUUAUAAACAUAAACUGCACUAUUCCUUCACCUAACUGCUGGAGGCAUCAGUGCUAAGCCAAUGAAGAAAUGUUGAGCACUGCAUACAGAAGUAGUGAAGCCUGAUUUUACAAGGUCUGGAACUAAUGUCAUUGUGCCAUGUACUGUCCUGGUAAGAUUGAAUCUAAUGCUGCUCUCAACCAAACAGUCAGCAAACACUGGAAAUCUCAAUCAACUCCCUUCAAUAAAGGAGAGCGAGGAGUGGGGGUGGGUUGGCAGAGAGUGUUGUUGCAGGUGUUAAAUGCAAACCCUGUCAACUGCAUGUGGUUUUUGGCGCUAUGUUACCACCCCCUUGUUGCUAUUUUGCAGUUGGCUGGGUUAAAAGAAAACAAGCUAAGCCCUGUGUGUUUGGUCUCCAUUUCAUCCACGGUCUCCGCAAAACAUUUUCAGGUCUCAUCACCAAUAGCUGACUGUCGAAAGGAAGCACGGUUCUUCCUAAGGCCGUGACUUUGGAACACAUGGUUGAGCCAGAAAUCGAUACUGAAGGUCACUGUUUUCUCCUGCUCUCCCUUUCCUUGUUGAAAACACACGUGCAAACAUUUUGAUUGUUACUAAGGCUUGUCUCCUCACCAGGACUCAUAACACCUCCACUGGAAUUGCACUUUGUCUUUGCAAAAACACAAAAAGAAAAGCUGGAUUGAGCUGUACCUCAGCGAAGAAACGCAAACCUUCAGCCAAAUCCACGCAAGCCUUUUUUACGUCUGGUGCUGGAAAUAAAUGAUGCCUUACUCUCGUUCUCUCUUGAUACUGAUUUUCCUGUUGCAUUUUCUUUUGCCGUUGAUUUUGUAUUGUUUCUGAAGACAGGGCUGGAAUUUCAUCUCAAAAUAUUAAAAGAGCCAAGUUUUUGUUUUUAUAAAGUCAGUGUUGGUUCAAGUAACAAGCAAGUUAUUUGUUAGAAGCAAGACAAAUAAGGAGGAAAGUCAAUGAUUUCUUGGUUCAUAACCAGUCUGCAACUUUAUAGUGUUUGUACUGUGACAGUGAAUCAUCCUACGGUAGAACUCUAAACUGCAAAUUUGGACUUUGUGUAUGAAAGACGAUACUGUCGCUGCAAAAAAUAAUUCUUGAUGGACAUUACAAAGAUAAUGGUGUAUAAAUAUUGAAAUCAUCCAGUGACUGAGUAAUAGGUUAUAAUUGGAGUGCUUGUUGUGUUGUGCUGUUGUACCCUGCUUUUUAUGUGAUGUAUUAACACAAAAUCUGUUGUUCAUACACUUUGGCUGAUCAAUGUGUUCCCCUAUACCUCAAUGGGUUUCUUUAUGCUGCCAUAAUCCUAUUGUUACGGUACCUUGGUCACAAUCUCUCAAUUGUAACGUUGAAACUGUGAUAGAAAUGGUUCAGCACAGAGUGGGUUGUUGGAGUGCAAGGCUGCGUUCCACCAAGCUGCUCCUGAACUCACCUUUUUUUUUCUUCAAAUUUGUACUUUUUUUUUGAAAAUGCUUCCAGAAAUCUUUCUUUGCUUCCCUUCACAUCAUGGUGUCCAGUUAUUUGAUAGUGUUCUCUAAGUUUAAGAUGCUAUGCAAUGUUCAUGCUGAUUCUUAACGGAAGCCAAAAAAAAGUUCUUUCUUUUUUCAAAACUGCCAACAAUUGUACAGGCUGAAGGAGACUUGUAUAUGGCUUUGGCUUGACUUCGAGGUGGUGUUUACUGUAAAUUUUGGGGAAUUUUGUUUAAUGAUGAAAUGCUGAUCAUGGUAAUGAUUAUCGUACCAAACCCAUGUUUGUUACUUGUGAUAACUUUUCACAUGGUUGUUCAAUAGAAAACUAUUUGUAGAAUUUAGUGACUUAAGUGGAACAGUUGUUUUAAAUGUGUUUAAUAUGAUGUACAUUUUUUCAUUGUAACAUAAAUUGUAAAUAAUUGAUUACAGUGAUGAUUUUGAUGAAUUUUCUAGCCAUUUUUAAAACACUAGGAAAUGAGUAUUUUGUGUACUGUAUGCUGUGUCAUCCCAUUUGAAUCAAGUCUGGUUGCCCAUUGGAUUCAAUAUGGCCUGUGCAAGACUAUGCCUCAUUUGGGGAACAAAUUUAGUAUUGUACCAGUCUUAAAUUAUUCCUGAUUCAAUAAAAUGAAUGCUUAUUUAUUCAA